AUGCCUGCGCCGGCCCACAUUCAAGCGGCUACGCUCCAGAAAUUUCUCGCAGGAUGGAAGAAAUUCACAGCCCAAGAGUGGAUGGCUACCUGGUCUGCAGAAAAUACGCAGCAGAUCCUACCUUUCAGCCUUGGCGUGCCGCCGCGCUCGCGGGCAGAGGUGCAGCAAGUCUUACCAAAGCUCAUUGGAGUUUUGAAGAACUAUGAAGUCGGUGAUACGAACUUUCUAUAG